AUGACAUCUUCCUUUCAUGCACUGCCAUCAUCAUCGCCAUCACCAAUAGUUGUACAACUGAAGACUACUCCUUCUCAGAUUUCUAUUCAUCGAUUCACUCUCGCCAAUAUAUUUAAAUAUAUUUUAGAAUCUCCGAGUGAUGUUCAUGGAUUAUUAUUGGGUCCUCGAUCACUUGAUCUUUCAUCAUCGACAUGGCCAAUUACAAAUUUUAUUUUAUUUCAUUCCCAUUCAUCACCCAUCAUCACGACGAUGGAUCUUCAUGAUCUCAUGAUGGAUAUUAAAAUUGAUGAUUCUAAAUAUAUAAUCAUUGGAUAUUUCAAAUAUAGAUCUAAUACCAGUUUGAACAGCAUGACAUUGAAUGAAAUGAAUAUUCUUUAUUAUCUUCUAAAUAAUUUAUUAAAAAGAGAUUCAAUGAUAUUUGCAUUAUUUACAGACAGAAUGAUUUCUAAUGAAUCCAUGUUAUUAUCAGAUUCUUCUGAUCAUUUAUCAACAAGUCAUUCAAAACAUUACACCACUAUUGAACAUUGUUAUGUUUUUAGAAGUGUCAAUUAUUGUAAAACAUUUGAAGAAGAAUUACAUUUAUUACCCAUUGUAUUAUCAAAACCUAUUCAUGUGAAAAUUGAAAAUUUAAUUAGUACAUCUAACACUCAUUUGAAAUACAAGACAUUACCACCAGUAAUCUCAGGUGAUAGGAAUCUCAGUGGUAACAUGACACACAUCACUAGAGCUGCUGAUCAUGGUGAUGAUCGAGACACAACAGAUGUGUCAUCUCUCACAUUGGAAAAAAACACAAGGACAGCGUCCUAUUCUCCACAAACCCAAUCACCACCAUUACCACCAUUACCAACAACAACAACACCACCACUCAUAUCUUCCUCCUCAUCUUCAUUGAUUGGUAACAAUGAUGAAAAACAAUUGAGCAUUACGACCACCUCAGCAAUUCAUGCCUCUCAAGAAAGUGUUCAACAAUUAGAGAAAUAUUUGACACAUUCUUUGGAUGAAUUGAAACAAUUAGCAGAUCAGGUUCAACAAUCUCGAUUGAAAUUGUUACAAUUAAAAAAUAAUUAA